ACUGUAAUGGCAGUUCCAUGCAAUAAACGUAAACGAGCCAUAAAACCGUAUGUGAAAACCGCACUAAGGUACCUGACAUAUAAUAGAACCGAGUCUUCAAUAGGACGGGACACAUCACCAUGCAGUGCUGUUCCAACUGUGGCGCGGACAUGACGGAAUCCAUUGACCUGAGCACCGACCCCAAUGGAGCCUGGGAGGUGUUGAAGGGCAGGCUGACGGUGGACAUCGUGGAGCCCCUUCCUGUCUCGACUCCGAUCUCAGAGGACAAGGUGAGGUUUGUGUGCGUGAGUGAUACUCAUGUCAAGACAGAUGACAUGACUCAUCCAAUGCCAGACGGCGACGUGUUACUGCACUCAGGCGACUUUACUUUCACGGGGUCUCUCUCCGAAGCAGAAAAUUUCAAUAAGUGGUUAGGUUCACUGCCUUAUAAGCACAAGAUCGUGAUCGCCGGGAACCACGAGGUCAUCUUAGACAAGGACUCGUGUAUGAAACCACGACCCGCUCAGGAGGUCAUAACCAAUGCCACGUACCUUCAGGAUUCCUCUACCACUGUGUACGGCUUCAAGGUCUAUGGCGCACCCUGGACCCCAGAGUACCACGUCAUGGCCUUCAAUCUAACUCGAGGAGAACCACUUCGGGAGAAAUGGAGAAAGAUUCCUGAAGACGUGGACGUAUUAAUGACCCACGGACCGCCCCUGGGUCACGGCGACCUGACCUGGCGGCGACCGGGCGGUGUUGACCUGAUGCAGACCUUGCAGACCAGAAUCAAACCCAAGUAUCACAUAUACGGACACAUACACGAGGGCUACGGGAUGACCACAAACGGACGCACGAUCUUCGUCAACGCUUCCACGUGCGACCGUUUCUACGAUCCCGUGAACGCCCCUUUAGUCUUCGACCUCCAGCUUCCGCCAGGCGUUCACAAGUCCUCGGCAGAAUUAGGCUAAGGAGAGACGAAAAAUAAUAUCUGAGAUAAGAGAGGAAGCGAGGAGCCCCAAGGAAAGGAGGGAGGGAGGGAGGGAGGAAGGGAAGGAAGGAAGGAAGGAAGGAAGGAAGGAAGGAAGGAAGGAAGGAAGGAAGGAAGGAAGGAAGGAAGGAAGGAAGGAAGGAAGGAAGGAAGGAAGGAAGGAAGGAAGGAAGAUGUUGAAACGGGAUGAAUGUAGCUAGGACGUUUGGCUUGUUGAUAGUGAGGAUUUGGCAUCUGGUGUUAUUUCUAGUUUAAGACGAUUUGGCCAGUCGCGGGGCUUGAUUUCACCAAGGGUAUUAUGUUGAGACAAUAAUUCGAGGCCAUGUUUUAGGAAGGGGCAUAUAUCAAGAUAAAUAAGAUACAAAAGAUCUAAAAAAAAUGUGAUACCAUAGUCUUAGGUAUAUUUUUGUACUAAUUUUGAAGGUACUAUAGGUAAAUAAAAGGCGAGGAAAGAUUUCAGAAUCUCUUUCCGAGUCAUCACUACUUAUUGUGAAGUGUUAUCACGACGUUAUAAUUUAAUACUAUCGGAUAUAAUACCAUGGUGCACUCGGCACAUUAUUUUAAAGACUGAAAACUAUUGAGAAUUCUGCUUUCCUUUUCAUUCCUCUUGUUAAGUUCUAAAACCAUGCCAAGAUAACAUUAAGCAGAAUAAAGUGUUUAAAAGACCUUGCAGAGCAUUUAGCAAAGCCCAAGGAUGAGAAAGAUAUUAACCUUUUGGUUGCCAGUAUACUACUUUGCGAAUAAAUUGUAUUUUUUGCA